AAUAUAAUUCAAAAACGAAAUUAAGAGUGGAGAGAAAUCAGAUCAGAUAUGCCAUCUUCGGUUUCAUGCCCUCGUGCAAUUACAAACUUUAGAUUUCAAUGCCAAACAAAAACCCUUUCUCCACCAUGCCCAAAUCUCUCCCUUUCAUUUUGUAAGCCAUCCAGAUUAUCAUCUUUCAGCUUAACACUAAGAUCCCAAUUCCAGGAGCAACCCAGUAGAACCAUCCGUUUGUUGACUUCCAAUCGUUCUCGAAUUCAUUGUGGCGCUUCAUCAGACAAUUACAGUGCAAACUCCAAGAAAAGUUUCGGAGAAUGGGUUGAGUGGGUUGGUGAAGGGAUUUCCAGUGCAUUUCCACUAUGGUUUUAUUUAGCAUGUCUACUGUUGUUCUUCAAGCCAAGUUCUUUCAGUUGGAUUACGCCCGAGUGGAGCACUUUUGGUCUUACUCUUACUAUGUUUGGUAUGGGUACGACUCUUACUCUAGAUGAUUUUCGUGGUGCCCUUGCCAUGACUAAAGAGUUGAUCACAGGUUUUGUGCUCCAAUAUACGGUGAUGCCCUUAUCUGCGUUUCUUGUGAGCAAGUUUUUAAAUCUGCCGUGUGACGCUGCAGCUAGUUUAAUAUUGUUUGGUUGCUGUCCUGGUGCUGCAGCAAGUAACAUCGUCACAUAUCUUGCCCGGGGAAAUGUGGCACUUUCCGUGCUGAUGACUGCUGCAAGCACUCUUUCAGCCGUGAUUAUGACCCCCUUUCUCACUGCCAAGCACGCUGGGAAAUAUGUUGCAGUAGAUGCAGUUGGACUGCUAGUCUCAACACUGCAGGUUGUGCUUCUUCCUGUAUUGGGUGGUGCAUUCCUAAAACAGUAUUUCAAUGGCCUGGUUAAAUUUGUUUCUCCUUUGACACCAACCAUUGCGGCUGGAACCCUCGGUAUUCAGUGUGGAAAUGUAAUUAUAUCGUCUUAUAGGCAUCUUUUGGUAGCUAAAGCUUUUUUUCGUGCACUUAUUUUCUCCGACAGUGCUUUUGUUAUUCUUAUAUACGGUGUACAAGUCCCAGUUUCAGCCCUUUUUCAUGCAUCUGGAUUUUUCUUUGGUUAUAUACUUUCAAGGAUGCUUGGGCUUGAUGUGGCAUCAUCGCGAACCAUCUCUAUUGAGGUUGGCAUGAAGAACGUGGUUCUCGGAGUUGUUAUUGCUACUCAGUACUUACAAGAUCCCUCGAGUCCAGUAACAUUUGCAGUGUCCGGCAUAUGCCAGACAAUUAUCGGUAGUGUAUUGGCCGGAAUUUGGAGACGCGAUGUACCAAAACAGAAGUCUUUGACAACGGUUUCAGCUUCCAAUAGCAUUUAAGUUCCAAGAAUUCUAGCUGAAGUUGAUGCAGUGAAAAUGGAUCUUUUGACCCUUUUGCUGUGCUCCCCUAUGCACAUUCUGGUUAUAUGGCAAAUGAUGGGCUUACAUACGAGGAUAUGGAAACAAUUUGAUAUGCAUUGGAUGUCAAUGACUGCCUCCUUUGUUUCAUGUUUUAUUUUCAUACUCUUGGUUUAAUUUAUAUAAGUACUUAUACUUU